AUGAGUGCCAGAUCAGCUGGACCGAGGUGUAUGCAUAUUGACAGCUAUGCUAGAUUUGAUAUGUAUGUAAGCGAUGCUUCAACACGCAAACAACGAUCUCCAUUUAGACACAGCUUUCCAGAGCCAAAUCUGUUCCGUAAAAGGCAUCAGAAUAACAGAAGAUCAGAUCAGAUUUACAAGCAAGAAGAAUAUGGACGAGAUAUAAAUUCAGCACCCAAUAAAACCCAACAAACCGAACCGUUACCUCAGCUCAAUAACAUAGUUACCCAGAACAAUGACCAUAUCUCUAAUAAUCAACAAUAUAGUAAUAAUUAUGCUGGAAUUACAACCAAGGAAAGAGAUAAUAGACAGGGAAGAUUUGCUACAACAUGGGCAGAUACGAGAGUGAUUCAAAAUAUUACGAGGAAUGGAGAUUCUUCAAAAAGUAUUGUGAAACCCUCACAGAAACAGCAAGCAUUUACACCAAGUACAUCAAACCAAAAUGAUAAAUUUAAAUCACGUAAGACACAAUCUCCAAUAAGGAAACCUGAUAACGAAGAAAAGGACACGUUCAAACUUACCGGAACCAAUGAUAACGUGCAGAAUGACCCACAGGAUGAAAAAGAAAAAAGAAACACUGAAACUGAAGACCAUAAAUUGCUACGGUUAGCUUUAGAACUGGAACGAGCACAGAAACCCAUGUCACCCAGAGAAAGGUGGAAAGAAAAUUACCAAAGUAAUCGUGUUCUAUUUGAAGAGGUACCUAUUUACGACCACCAACCUUUCAAACCAGAUAUUAACACCUCAGAGGAGGUUUUCGUGGUUUAUACAGGAAUUACUAGAAAAGACUUGAGGAAGAAUCGACAGUCAGAAAGACCGGAAACUGAAGCCUCUGGAAGGGCAGAUAACUCUCGCAUUAGUUCCGAUAUUUCGUCACCACUGGUGGUUUCUCCACGACAAAAAAAGGAAUACAUCUUAUCUAAGAGAGAGACAUAUAAUUAUUUGAAUAUACAUGCAGCCUAUAAUAAUGAUAAUACUCACAAAAGACGAAGAAAUCAAGUUCUGAACAAAAUGACUAAAGCUCAAUUGGAGCUUAUAAAAGAACACAACGAGCUUGUGAAGAAACGAGAGAAACAAAGAGAAGAAUCAAAACGAAGACAACAAAAACAGUUAGCCUAUGUUCGCAAGAAAUUUGAGCGGGAACAAUGUCGUCGUUUCCGGACGCAAUAUGUAACACAUCGGAUUGUUGAACAUGAGGUCAUGAAUCGUGACGACUAUGGAUUACCAGAAAAACUUGGUGAAGAUGGUGACAUAAAAGUGAAUUCUAGUGCCAAACAUAAACGUAAACAAUUAAAACCCAUUGAUAAAAUCAGUGAAAAGGAAUUACGUAAACGAAAUGAAAAGAAAUAUGAAAAAAUGUUUAAUCGACCAUCGAUACUGGAAAAGGUACCGGCAAUGGAAGGAAUUGAUACAGUUGUGAUUAUUGAGAAAAACAAAGACGGCAAAAUGGUUGAAAAAAAGAAAAUGGUAUCUGAUGUUAUCAAAGAAGCCCAAGACUACCUGGACGACAAUUCCACAGAGUCAGCACCGGGAAAGGAAAUUUCGAAAGUCACGAAGGGAAAAGGAAAGAAGAAGCCAAUUGUAACAUCCACUGUAGAGGAUGACGAUGAUGACCUCAAUAAAAGUUUAGACUCUAUAGAUCUAGAUGAUGAUGAUAGUGAUAUAUUUGAAAGAGCUAGAAAGAAAUAUGGAUUAGAUGUAGACAGUUCUAUUGAUACUAAGAGUCGAUUUUGA